GUGGGUGCUGGACAGCGGCGGCGUGCGUGGCGCCACGGCCAACAGCUCGGCGGCGUGGCUCGUGCAGUUCUACUCCUCGUGGUGCGGCCACUGCAUCGGCUACGCGCCCACCUGGCGGGCCCUGGCGGGCGACGUGCGAGACUGGGCAGCGGCCAUCCGCGUGGCCGCUCUGGACUGCGCCGAGGAGAAGAACCAGGAGGUGUGCCGCGCCUACGACAUCCACUUCUACCCCACCUUCAGGUACUUCAGGGCCUUCGCCAAGGACUUCACCACGGGAGAAAGCUUCAAAGGACCCGACAGAGAGCUGCGGACGGUCCGGCAGUCGAUGAUCGACUUCCUGCAGAACCACACGGAGGGAACCCGGCCCCCCGCGUGCCCGCCGCUGGACCCCCUCCGGCCCAGCGAUGUGCUCGCCCUGCUUGGCGGUGGCCGUGGCCAGUACGUGGCUGUUUUAUUCGAAAGCAACAGCUCCUAUGUGGGCCGAGAGGUGAUCUUGGACCUGAUGCCGUACGAGAACGUCGCCGUGAGCAGGGCGCUGGGCGGGGACAGAGCCCUCCUGGAGAAGCUCGGCAUCACCUCGCUGCCGUCCUGCUACCUUGUUUACCCGAAUGGCUCACACGGCCUCGUGCAUGUCGCCAAGCCGCUCCGGUCCUUCUUCUCCUCGUACCUGAAGUUGCUGCCGGGCGUGAGGAGAAAGCCACUCUCCCUGCCCGAGAGGCCCAGCGAAGACCACGCGGCGACCGUGGCCUGGCGAGAAUUUGACAGGUCCAAGCUGUACAUGGCCGACCUGGAGUCGGGGCUGCACUGCCUCCUGCGGGUGGAGCUGGCCGCGCACAAGUCCCUGGCAGGGCCCGAGCUGACCACGCUCAAGGACUUCGUGAUGGUCAUUGCCAAGUUGUUCCCCGGGCGCCCGCCAGUCAGGAGGCUGCUGGAGAUGCUGUGGGAGUGGCUGGCCAGCCUGCCCCUGGAGAGGGUCCCCUACAGCGCCAUCCUGGACCUGGUGGACAACAAGAUGCAGAUUUCUGGGGUGUCCCUUCCUAACCACACCAGGUGGGUGGGCUGUCAGGGCAGCCGCCCGGGGCUGAGGGGCUACCCGUGCUCGCUGUGGCUGCUGUUCCACACCCUCACCGUGCGCGCCUCCACCCACCCGGAAGCACUGGCUGGCACAGAGAUCCCGCUGUGCGCCGGCUGCGACCAGCACAUCCUGGACCGGUUCAUCCUCAAGGCCCUGGACCGCCACUGGCACAGCCGGUGCCUCAAGUGCAGCGACUGCCACGCGCCGCUGGCCGAGCGCUGCUUCAGCCGCGGGGAGAGCCUGUACUGCAAGGAGGACUUCUUCAAGCGCUUCGGGACCAAGUGCGCCGCGUGCCAGCUGGGCAUCCCGCCCACGCAGGUGGUGCGCCGCGCGCAGGACUUCGUGUACCACCUGCACUGCUUCGCCUGCGUCGUGUGCAAGCGGCAGCUGGCCACGGGCGACGAAUUCUACCUCCUGGAGGACAGCAGGCUCGUGUGCAAGGCGGACUACGAGACGGCCAAGCAGCGAGAGGCGGAGGCCACGGCCAAGCGGCCGCGCACGACCAUCACGGCCAAGCAGCUGGAGACGCUCAAGAGCGCCUACAACACCUCGCCCAAGCCGGCGCGCCACGUGCGCGAGCAGCUCUCGUCCGAGACCGGGCUGGACAUGCGCGUCGUGCAGGUCUGGUUCCAGAACCGCCGGGCCAAGGAGAAGCGGCUGAAGAAGGACGCGGGCCGGCAGCGCUGGGGCCAGUACUUCCGCACCAUGAAGCGCUCCCGCGGCAGCGCCAAGGCGGACAAGGACAGCGCCCAGGAGGGCCCCGACAGCGACGCCGAGGUCUCCUUCACGGAGGAGCCGUCCCUGGCGGAAAUGGGCCCCACCAACGGCCUCUACAGCAGCCUGGGGGAGCCCACCCCAGCCCUGGGCCGGCCCGCGGGAGCCCUGGGCAGCUUUGCCCUGGAGCACGGCGGCCUGGCAGGCACGGAGCAGUACCGGGAGCUGCGCCCCAGCAGCCCCUACGGCAUCGCCCCGUCCCCCGCGGCCCCACAGAGCCUGCCUGGCCCACAGCCCCUCCUGUCCAGCCUGGUGUACCCAGAAGCCGGCUUGGGCCUCGUGCCCUCAGGGGCUCCGGGCGGACCCCCGCCCAUGAGGGUGCUGCCGGGAAACGGACCCAGCUCCGACCUCUCCACGGGGAGCAGCGGAGGUUACCCCGACUUCCCGGCCAGCCCUGCGUCCUGGCUGGACGAGGUGGACCACGCCCAGUUCUGACCGUGGCCCCCGGCGGCACCCAGCACAGGACACGAGGGCUUGGGGGGCUGUGCUCUGAGUUCCUGAGGCGCUGGACCUCAGAGAAGGAGGACGGGGCGUAGCGGGGGAGGGGCCUCCCGCUGUCCCCUCCCCCUCCCACCCCAGCCCGAGGGACCCUGUUGGCUCCUGGACACAGGCUGGCCUCCUGGGCUGUUUUGCAAGCAAGCUCCCCCCUUCUCCACGGACCACCUGAGCACCUGCCGCUGUCCCGGCCCGCUCUGGGCUGGGCCCCGCCCCAGCUCGGACGGGCACAGCCCUGGGGCUGGAAACUACUUUAUAAUCUCCAAAAUGAGGAAGAAAGGGCCAUUGCGCUUUUGCUCCUCAGGUCCUGUGUUGCCGGCCCCCGCCCUCCUGCGGGUCAGAGAUGGGCCUUGUCCAGGAAGGGCCGUGCGGUGCCGAGUGGGGGCGGGGCGUGUCCUCCAUCGAAGACCCUGCCCCUCCCCGCCUCUGGAAGUUUCCAUUCCUCAGGAGAGCCCUGCAGAGGGGCCGGAAUGUCCUGGGGCCCCUACCCCAGAGUGCCCCACUCCCUCCCCCCACGCCACACCGGCCUCCUCCAGGCUACGCCUUCACCUGCCGUUGCCAAACAGCCCUCCCUGUGGCUCUGCGGGGGUCCGCCUGCCGGGAUUGGAGAAGUGGGGAGGAGCCCAUCCCCUCUGUCGGACCCUCUGGGGAGCCGCCUGCGCUGUGUCCAGACACAAGGCCGGCCGCGUGAGUGGAAAUCCCUCCCGCAAACCCGCCCCUGAGCUACCUGUUGGUCUGUGAACGUCCGUGUCUGUCUGUUCUCUGGUGAUCAGCUCUUUCCACGACUUAAUAAAUUUGUCAG